CGUGGCAUUAAUAAACAAAGAUGGCGGAGGCUUCUAUGGGUUCGUGGAGUUUUUCUGUGAAUUGAAAACUUUUAAUCUUAAACAAAUAAUCGGGGUAUUUCCUACAUGUGUCUUAUGAGUGGAGUUGCAAAAUGAGCGGUUGGGCUGGUUUUUCGGAUGAGGAGCUGCGGAAGAUACAGCAAAAAGAUUCGGCUGGAUCUGCAGGUCCAGUCCGGGGUCGAAAACUGGUUCCAGCCAGUCGGAGUCGGCAGCAGUUGCACCGUGAGAGGGCUCUGCAGUCAAAAGUCCAGAAAAAUGCAGGAGCUGGGUCGCUUGUUCUUCCACCAGAGCAACAGCUCACCAAACCGUCGCUGAGGGAAGACUCUCAGGCGGCAGACCCGGCGGAAAGCCCGACUGUCAAACAAGAGGUGCAACAGAAGCCCAAUGAAAACCAUCAGCCAACAACAGAAGAAGAAAACGCAGUUGUUAAAGAGCUGGAUAAACAGGAGGUUGAACUACGGGAAAAGACGCGUCUGGAGCAACUGCAGCAAGAGCAAAAAAUAAUUGAAGAGAGGAACAAACGCAAGAAAGCUCUGCUGGCAAAAACUAUUGCUGAGAAAUCCAAACAGACUCACGCAGAAGCUGUAAAGCUAAAGAGAAUCCAGAAGGAGCUGCAGGCCCUCGACGACAUGGUGUCUAGUGAUAUUGGCAUCCUGAGAGGAAAGAUAGAGCAAGCCAGUUGGGACUACACAGCUGCAAGAAAGCGCUAUGAGAAGGCAGAAGCUGAGUACGUGAUCGCUAAGCUGGACCUUCACAGGAAAACAGAGGUGAAGGAACAGCUGACGGAGCACCUCUGUGCCAUCAUCCAGCAAAAUGAGCUCCGCAAAGCCCACAAGCUGGAGGAACUGAUGCAGCAGCUACAGCUUCAGGCUAGUGAGGAGGAGGUGGAGCGGCAGAAUGAAGUGACAAGGAGAAACUUAGAGGUGCAAAAGGAUGAAGAAAAGGGAAAUGGAUCAGUGGAGUAUCAGGAGGUUAAGGUGCAAUCAACCAAAAACUGUGGACCUAAAGAGGAAGAGACUGUGACAAAAGAGAGUGGAGGUUCUGCCCAGCCAGAGGGACAGUCAGAGAUUGAACAUUUAAAGGCAGAACAAGACUGUAAAACACUAGAAAACUGUCUUCAGACUGAAUCUGUGGCCUCCUGAUGCUCAGAAGAGUGGCACUCUUAAAUCUGAUUACUGUUAAGGCCAGAGUAUAUGAUUCACAUCAUUUUUAUCAUAAAAUUAAUCACUGAGCUUUUAUACACCAUUGAUGGUAGUGUUAUAAUCAAAACAAAUUUGUACUGUAACUAUGACAGCAAAAUUUUCCCAUUAGCGUAACAGAUUCCCUCCCUGCUGCAGAGGUUUUUCCUUUAAUUUGUCAGCCUUUUAAGUUUUCUACCUUCCACUAACUGCUACAGAAUAAUGAGCUUCUGUUUCUCAGGGCCCAUCGUUUUCAUAGUGAUGACCCUGUUUGCUAAAAAAAUUAUAUUCUUAUAUCACUAAAUGUUUUUUCCAAAGAGGAAACAUACCAGCCUGCAUUAUGCUAGGCACAGUUUUAGAGUUACACAGUCACACGCAGGUUGGCGGGUGGGAAUUUGGGGUGGGGGGUGUUUACGCCAAUAUAAUAUCAGUACCUAUUUAGUUUUUUUUUUUUUUUUUAAUUAAAACUCUGCACAUUUCCACUGUUAAGACAAAAAAGCAUCACCAGCAAAACUCUUACCUUUUCAAAUACUAUAAGCAUUGUUUCCAAAAAGGGGGGGGGGGGGGGGGAAUGCGCACAAAACAAAGUGAAAAACACUAGGUGUAAUGAUGGGUGCUGGAAUGGGUUUCUCCAGCUUGUUUUUUCAAAGCUCUAAAAAGUUAUAGUAUGUUACUGCAGGUUUUAGCAGACAGGGGUAGUUAGUCUGAAGAACUCAUACCAAAAAGAACAUUUAGUCCAAUUUGUAGUGUUGUGUAGUUAUUUAGAUGUUCUUUGAUACAUUUUUAGGCUGGGUAAUUCACACCUUUUUUGGGUCAUGUUCACUUGCUGGAGUGUCUUGCACCCUUUAACUUCAAUUGUCCGCUUUUAUGUUUGUCCUUAAAAAAAAUUAAUAACAAUGCUUCUUCCAAACAUGUUUUUGAUUGCUGUCUUACUGUGCAGAAAGCCUCUGUUUUAUGCGCACGGAGCAUUAAUCUCCUUCUGUUCUGAAUACAAACCAUCAGGCCUUAUGUUUUGUAGAUGAAGCUGUUUGCCGGCGCUGGGCUUGUGUUUCACAAAGCUAAAACUCUUGUCAGUGCACCUCAGGAGCAGCGGGCCUGCUUGGUAAGGGGAUAUCUGUUAAUGUAUGUACGAUGCUUUCAGCUGCAUGUGUUUCUGCAUUCUUCCAGCUUUUUUUUUUUUGACAGUGUGUCAAAGAAAAUGCAUAAUCUAAUGGAAAUGUAAAACCAAAGUCUGAUUUAUUACUUUGUUUGUUCUGAAAAAUGUAAAAAGGCUAUUUAAAUGGGGUAAAAAAAAAUUAAACAUGAUAUUUUAAAGAUAUACAAUCGUGUAAUAUUUUACUAAAAUAAACUUUUAAAUGACA